AGUAACUAGCUCAAAGCUGUGUAUUUAUCAGCUUUCAUUUUACUCUCUUGUAUUCAUUCACUCUCAACCUACUUUUCUUACUCAAAGCAUUUUCAUCUACCUUUGUCUACUUGUAACUAAGAAAUCAGAGGAGAUAGAUAUGGAAUUCUUAUCUAUUUUUGUGGAAAAGGUAACAGAUUGCUUGAUCCAGCCAGUUGCACGAGGGAUCGGGUAUUUCUUUUACUACAAGAGCAACAUCAGAUCUAUGGAAAAUGAGUCUAAGAAGCUGGAGGAUAUCAGAAUUGGGGUGCAUCAAAGAGCGGAGGCAGACCGGAGAAACUUACAAGUCAUUUCUCCCAAUGUUGAGGCAUGGUUUACUAGUGUUGAUACUACUACUGCAGAUGUAGCAGCUGUAAUGCGACGAGGUAGAAUUGAGGUUGAAAGGUAUGGUUGGUGUCCAAACUUGAAGUCACGCUACUCCCUCAGCAGGAGAGCUAAGAAAAUUGCACUGGAGUUGAUUGAACUUCGAAAUGAAGGCAAUGAUUUUGCUGUUUUCUCCUAUCCUGCUGUCCAAAUUGAAGUUAUACCUAGUAACAGUGCUGAGGAAUUUGACUCCAGAAAAAUGAAAGAGGAUGAGGUCAUUGCAGCUUUGAAAGAUGACGGGGUCACUAUGAUUGGGAUAUGUGGUAUGGGUGGUGUUGGUAAAACAACACUCGCUGAGAAAAUCAGACAAAAGGCAAAACAAGAAAGGUUAAUGGAUGUCGUCAUGGUAACUGUCAGUCAACAACCAGACUUGAAAAAACUUCAGGGUGAGAUCGCAAGAGGAGUCGGACUGACAUUAGAAGGGGAUGAUAUGUGGAGUCGUGGAGAUCGGCUGCGUACAAGGUUAAUGGAUCAGAACAGCCACAACCUUAUAAUCUUGGAUGACGUUUGGGAGGCUCUUCAUGAUCUAGACAAACUUGGAAUUCCAAGUGGAAGCAACCACAAACAUCGGUGCAAAGUGAUAUUGACAACGCGUUACCGAAAUGUUUGUGAAGCAAUGGAAGCUCAGAAGAUCAUGGAAGUUGGAACAUUAUCUGAAGAGGAAGCAUGGUGUCUUUUCAAGCAGAAAGCUGGUGAUAUAGUUGAUGUUCCUUCUAUUCAUGACACAGCAAAAGAAGUUGCCAAAGAAUGCAAGGGGUUGCCGCUUGCAAUUAUUACAGUUGCAGGAGCCCUUAAGGGUAAAGACGAGCCUUUGUGGAAGGAUGCCCUUAAACAAUUAUGUGAUGCAGAAACAAGAAAUAUCCCUGGAGUGCACACAAAGGUGUAUAAACCUCUGAGGCUAAGCUAUGAUUACUUGGAAAGUGAUGAAGCCAAGUACCUCUUUUUGAUUUGUUCUUUGUUCAAGGAAGAUAGUGAUAUUUCGACUGAAAAAUUGCUUAAAUAUGGAAUGGUGCUUCGCAUCUUUUCGAAAAUUAAAAAUAUAGAAGAAGCAAGAGAUAGGAUGUGUAAUCUGGUAGAAACAUUGAAAGAUAGUUUCUUAUUAUCCCAAGGUUCAUACAAAGAUCAUGUCAAAAUGCAUGAUGUGAUCCAUGACGUAGCUAUAAAUAUUGCAUCUGAGGGAGAUCAUAGCUUUAUGGUAAGUCAUGAUGUGAACUCGGAAGAGUUCCCAAGAAUAGACUUUGACAAGCAGCAAUACAGUCACAUAUCAAUUGUUGCAAAUAAAUUUGACGAGCCUUGUAGCCCAAUAGUUUGCCCAAAACUGAAGCUUCUAAUGUUGAAACUUUGUUUUGAAGAGCCAUUCAAGUUACAAGAUGAUUUUUUUGAUGGAAUGAGUAAACUCAAUGUCUUAAGCCUGAGAGGAGCCAUUCAGCCUUUUCCAACAUCCAUUCAGAAGUUGUCAAGUCUGAGGAUGUUGUAUCUGAAAAGAUUAAAGUUGGAUGACAUAUCCAUUAUUGGCAAACUUGUCAAUUUGGAAAUUCUUUGCAUAAGAGAUUGUGAGUUAGAGGAGGUGCCAGUGGAGAUAGGGAAAUUGGACAAUCUAAUUAUGUUAGAGUUGCAGACUGAAAGACUUAAAAGGAUUUCAGCAGGGGUGUUAUCAAAACUAGUUCGAUUGGAGGAACUUCAUAUGGUGGCAGUAGAAGAUUGUUGUUACUCCACCCUGAGGGAACUGGAAUCUUUAUCGAAAUUGACUGCACUGACAUUAAGUAAAUGUUCCGGAGAUGUGAUCUACAGUACUAACUUGCGCCUUCCCUCCAGGUUGACACGGUACACUCUCAAAGAGGGUGAUGCUUACAGAGUGACCAGGGGUGAUUACGGAAAGAUUAUUGAUUUAAAGGUCACUAAGACCACCCCAUUGGGUGAUUGGAUCUGCCGCCUGUUGAAGGAAUGCGAAUUUGUACGUUCAAUGGGAAGAGGCUCUAAUAACGUGUUGGCCGAGUUACAGCUGAAUGAGCUUCACAAUGUGAAAGUUCUCGGCCUCUCUGAUUGUGAUUUAGUGACACAUUUAUUGAAGCUCUGUGGGAGGACACAUGAAAUAAUCAAGUUCCCCAAUUUAAAUGAGUUAGAGCUUGAAUCUCUGAAAUGCCUGACUCACUUUUGCAGUGACAAUGUUGAGGGCAUUGAGUUCCCUCUGUUAUGGAUGAUGAGCUUCAAACGGUUACCUGAGUUCCAAAAUUUCUGGCCUACCACCAACAACUCCAUCACCGACUCAAAUCCUCUUUUCAAUGAAAAGGUUUCUUGUCCCAAUCUGAAAAAGCUAUACAUCAGUGAACUUGAAAGGAUAAGUGCUCUAUGCUCUCACCAACUUCCAACUGCCUACUUCGGUAAACUUGAAUCAUUGGCGGUAUCUGAAUGUGAGAAAUUGAGAAAUUUGAUGUCACCAUCAGUGGCCAGAGGUGCUCGGAAUCUCCAGGGACUAUGGAUAAAAGAUUGUCAAUCAAUGGAAGAAGUGAUCACAGAAGAGGAACAACAAAGAGAGGGAAUCAUCACCUUAUUUCCCCUUUUGGAAAAGCUGGAGCUUAGCAAGCUGCCUAAGCUGGGGCAUUUCUUUCUGACGAAGUGUACUCUUGAAUUUCCAUUUCUCAUAGAAGUGAAGAUUGAUGACUGCCCUGAAAUGAAGACUUUUGUCCAACGGGAAAUAUUUAUUAGUACACCGAGUCUUGAAAGUAUGAACAAUGAUGAUGAGGUGAAACCAGUUGAUCUCAAUAAAGUCAUGUUCAAUUCUAAGGUUUCUUGUCCCAACCUGGAAAAGUUAUACAUCAAUCAGGCUAACAGCAUAAGUGUUCUAUGCUAUCACCAACUUCCAACUCCCUACUUCAGCAAACUUCAAACAUUGGAAGUAAAGAGUUGUGGAAAAUUGAGAAACUUGAUGUCUCUAUCAGUAGCCAAAGGUGUUUUGAAUCUCCGAACACUUAAGAUAGAUGGUUGUGAAUCAAUGGAAGAAGUGAUCACAAAAGAGGAACAACAACAAGGAGAUGGAAUCAUGACCUUAUUUCCCCUGUUGGAAGAACUGGAGCUUUGUAGGAUGCCUAAGUUGGGGCAUUUCUUUCUGACAGAGUGUACUCUCGAAUUUCCAUUUCUCAGAGAAGUGAUUAUUGAUGACUGCCCUGAAAUGAAUACGUUUCCCCAACAAAGAAUAUCCAUGAGUACACCAUGUCUCAAAAGUACUGUGAACAAUGAUGAUGAGGUGAAAGUAGUUGAUCUCAAUAACGCAAUGUUCAAUUCUAAGGUUUUUUGUCCCAACCUGGAAACUAUAUGUAUUGAUGAGGCUAACAGCAUGAGUGCUCUAUGCUCUCACCAACUUCCAACUGACUACUUCACCAAACUUCAAACAUUGUAUGUAUCUAAUUGUGGAAAAUUGAGAAACUUGAUGUCUCCAUCAGUGGCCAAAGGUCUUCUGAAUCUCCAACUACUAAGGAUAGAACACUGUGAAUCAAUGGAAGAAGUGAUCACAAAAGGAGAAGGAAUCAUGACCUUAUUUCCCCGAUUGAUAUACCUGGGUCUUAACUAUCUGCCUAAGCUGAGGCAUUUCUUUCUGACAGAGCAUGCUCUUGAAUUUCCAUUUCUCAGAAACGUGAAGAUUGAUGAUUGCCCUAUAAUGAAGAUGUUUGUUCAACAGGGAGUAUCUGUGAGUACACCGCGUCUCAAAUGUGAUGAUGGGGUGAAAGUAGAUGAUCUCAAUAAAUGGACACAACAGAGGUUCAAUUCUCAGGAACAAUCUGAAGCUAGUGAUGACAACGAUGCCUGAAGCUACCAAAGGCGAUGAAUCUGAAGCUAGUGAUGACGAUGAAUCUAAAGCUACCAAUGGUGAUGAAUCUGAAGCUACCGAGUCUCGAAAGGGUGAACCAUGAUUUUGGUGUGAUAACAACAAAGCCAAACCUAGUGAUGUCAG